UUAUUCUCAAAACUGGAAUAGAUCCCUCUAAACGGCUCCUUGAAUAGUUACUGCGGCAUUUUUUUCCCCAACUCCAAUCCAAGCUUCAUAUUUUUCGCGAAAUACCAGAAGACAAGACAUCAACUUCAUUUCUUUCCAGACUGAAUAUACUGGUUUUAUUAAGCAAGAGGGUUGCUUCUGAUUUGGCCAUCCUGCCAUGGCUAAUAAUUCUCACUUCACUGCCAUGCAGCCUCCUAUACCGCCUUUGGCUGGUCCUCAAGGUCCUCAUCAGGGUGCUAUUCCAUCCAUGUCGCUGCAGUUCCAGCCUAUGCUUCCACCCCAGCAGGCACAACCAUAUGUUUCCGGGCCAUCUCAACAGUUUCAGCCACUUGGACAUACAAAUGUUGCAAUGCCUCCUCAACCUUCACAAAUCCAAUUUCCUCAAUCAAUGCAACAGGUUGCUGGUAGACCUGUAGUAGGAGGACAUAGCAUGCCUCAAGGACCACCUACUCCCCAUGAUUUUCAGCGAAAUAGGCCUGUCACUCCUGUUCAAGCACCAUUUCAGCCAAAUCUUCCAAUGUCAAAUAACCACAUGCCUGGUGCAGGUGGCCCAACUUUGCCAUUAUCUUCUUCAUAUAAUCAGGUAAAUGCAGAUUCUUCCAGCUCCCAUUAUCAGAUGCAGAUACAUGAUCAUAGUUUUCCGUCAGGGGGACAACCCUGGAUGUCAACAAGUAAUCAUAAUGUGAACUCUGUGACAAAUAUGCAGAAGACUGGGGAACUAGCAGCCCACUUGGCUGUUCCAGAAGCUGUUUAUGGGGUUGACUCUGUUGAGACUGCUCUGUCAGAUUGGAUUGAGCAUACUUCUCGAAAUGGGAAGAAAUAUUAUUAUAAUCGAAGGACAAGAAUCUCUAGCUGGGAGAAACCUCUAGAGCUGAUGACAGAAAUGGAGGUGAGGUCACUUGUCAGCCAGCUUUUAGUCUUUUGCUUUAUGCAAGUAGUGACGGUUUAG